AUGGCACAGGAGGGAAGUGCGGCGUGGGCUGCAGAAAACAAAGGGCCCUGGAUUGUCAUCACCUGCUGGGUGGUAACAGCGGUUGCGACGUUAUUCGUCUUCGCUCGACUGUAUGUGCGAGGAUGGAUUAUGAGGAAGCUUCAGCAGGAUGAUUACUGGACUGUCAUCGCAAUGGUUUGCGGUUACAUUUCGACUGCGUUAUCGAUGAAGGCGGUGGCUGCUGGAAACGGUAGGCACAUGAAGCUUCUGUCGCAACAUGAGCAGGAGAGCGCGGUACUGUGGACGACGGCGGCUUUUUGCCCUGGCGUCAUGUCAUUUGGACUACCAAAGAUGGCCGUCGUUUACCUCCUGACGAAGCUGUUGAACCCCAAUAAGUGGCACAAGUACUUUCUCUGGUGGCAAGGCAUCUGGUGCCAACUGACGCUCUUUGCAACUGUGGGCGUCUUGAUUGGGCGAUGCAGGCCGGCGCAUUCUCUUUGGAACUUUGAUGUUCCAGGAGAAUGCUUCUCGCCAGAUAUCUUGGUUGCAUACUGUAUCUACGCUGGCUCUUUCUCUGCCUUUGUCGAUCUGUACCUUGCCAUCUAUCCUGCGAUCGUCUUAUUCAACUUGCAAAUGUCGUUCAAGAAGAAGCUUGCGCUUUCCUUUGCUCUCGGCAUCGGCUCAGUAUCUGGCAUUGUAGCAAUCUACAAGACAACCCGAAUUCCUUCUCUGAAAUCUGCAGACUUUUCUUAUGAUACGGCCGACUUGGUCGCCUGGACCGUCAUCGAAGGAAGCACUAUCAUUGUUGCCUCGACGAUCCCGAUCCUCCAACCCCUCGUCGAGAAGGUCCUCCGCCGCAACCCCUUCUCCAGUGGGAAAGACUCAGCGAAGUAUAACGGGCGAUACUACGAAGAUUAUAGCGAUCAGAAGUCGGGCUACGAGCUAGGACAGCGCAAACCCAAGUCAAAGGCUAGGGAUGAUCUUGGUUUGACUGUCUUGGAAGAGGGCGGGAGCCAAGAAGAAAUCCUCAGCGGAACCAAACCCAACGUUGUCGCGGCUGGCCCCGCGAAGCCCAUCGUGGUACCGGAAGCUACGCGCAAUGCUAUCACUAGGACUGAUGUCAUUACCGUAUCGUACUCGGGAUCACCGCCAGAUGAGGCCCCCAGGCGCUAA